AAAAUGCUUCUAAAAAUUUCAACAAUAUUGGCAUGCCUUCUUCAAUUUUUUGGAGGAUUUCUAGAGAUAUUACCAAUUAUUAUAAUCUGCAAAUCAAAGAAGAAAAAAACGAGCACGUCUCUGGACACGACUGAGGAUGAGACAAAAAUGGAUCAGGUGAUGAAAUCAAAGGCUAUGGAAGCAGAGUUGUUGAAACUAAUCGAAGAGCUUAGUGACUCGGAAAAGAAGACUAAAAUGAAGAAGAAAAAACGGAGAAAGACUAAAAAGCAUCGGAAACGUAGAAAGAAGAAGCCAAGCCGAGGGUCAAGGAAAAGGAGAGAAGAAGACGGUCCAGUGGAUGCUCCACGAAAAAUUCCACUCGACGAAAAAGAGCAACAAAUCGCAAAAGGGCUGAAAGUGGCAAGUGCCGCUUAUCCAACACUGGACGAAAAUGUGAAAUCAGAUUGGGAUCCGGAAUGAAUCGAACCUUCUUUUUUCUGUGAAUUUUCCAUUUUUUCAAUAAAUUCUUUAUUAGAA